CACCCCUACCUUAGGGGGCCUCUGGACAGCCAGAGAAGUACGGAAGAUGCUAGCGAUGGCGGCUGGGCCCGUUGGAUUGCUUGGGCCGGCCUUCGGGCUGCACUUGCUGUUGACUACUGUGCUUCAGGCGGUGUCUGCUUUGGGGGCAGAGUUUUCAUCAGAGGCAUGCAGAGAAUUAGGCUUCUCUAGCAACUUGCUCUGCAGCUCUUGCGAUCUUCUUGGACAAUUCAGCCUGCUUCAGCUGGAUCCUGAUUGCAGGGGAUGCUGUCAGGAAGAAGCGCAAUUUGAAACCAAAAAGUUAUAUGCAGGAGCUAUUCUUGAAGUCUGUGGAUGAAAAUUGGGGAGGUUCCCUCAAGUUCAAGUAUGUUCGCGGUUCAGACCCUGUACUAAAGCUUUUGGACGACAAUGGGAACAUUGCUGAAGAACUAAGCAUCCUUAAGUGGAACACAGACAGUGUAGAAGAAUUCCUGAGUGAAAAGUUGGAGCGCUUAUAAACGUUGCUUACAUUUUGUCUUGUCCUUUUGUUACCUUAUCAAAUGAAAUUUUACAGCACCUAGAAAAUAAUUUUAGUUAUGCUUGCUUCCACUGAUCUGUCUUUUACUGUGAGGCAUUGAACAUCUAAUUGGAAGCUGAAGUGGCAGCACGGCCCGUGAUAUCUAAGGAGCUGGCAAACCUAACAAAGCCCAUUUUUUAUAAAUUUCCAUCCUUCUGCAUGUGUUGGGACCGUUAACAAAAAUGCUUUGUAACAGACUUGUGGUUAAUUAUGUAAAUGAUAGUUUGUGAUAAUUGGUCCAGUUUUACAAACAACAGAUUUUUAAAUUAGGGAGGUUAAUAAGGGAGAUGAUUACUGAGCCUCUUGUGCCGUGUGCUCUUUGAAAAUAAUGACCGAAAACUACAAGGCAAAUAAGACAUACUGAGCCUCAACAGAUUGCCUGCUCCUCAGAGUCUCUCAUAUUUUUGUAUUGCCCAGCUUUUCUUUUAAUAGAAAUGUUAUAGUUUAUAGUGAAUAUACUGCAUAAAACUUUGUAGUUUCAUUAUUGUGAGACACAUGCAAGAUCUAUGGUAAGAGGGAAACAUUCACAAAGAUUUGCGUUAAUGAAGACUGCACAGAAAACCUUUCUAGGGAUUUGUGUGGAUCCGAUAAUUGGCAAAUUUUUGUAUUUAACGUUCCUACAGAAAAGUCCACUUGAAAAUAAUAAUUUGUAAGACCAAAAUAUAAAUUAAAAGUUUCAAAAGUA